AUGGUUAACUUCUGCCACAGAGACCUGGUGGCGGUUGUCAUGAGGCUUCAGGGGAAGGCAAGAGCGGAGGACAUUGUUUUCUGCUCGGCCUACUUUCCGCAUGACUCACCGACACCACCACCUACUAAGGAACUGCGUGAUCUGGUGAACCACUGCAGAGCUAAAAGGCUGCCACUCAUCAUAGGAUGCGACGCAAACGCGCAGAACGUGGUGGGCUCGAGGCCCACAUUUGUCACCUCGCGCUGUCAAUGUAUCAUUGACAUAACCAUGUGCACCCGCCGACUGGCGGGGCGAUGCAUGGACUGGAGAGUCGACCGGGAGGACACACAUUCCGACCAUCGACGCAUUAGAUUUAGCAUUGAGGGUUGUGCCAAGCUACAGCAGUUUACCUGCGCAGAAACCCAAGGGCCACCGACUGGGACUCCUUUGAGAGGAACCUGCAGGAAAGGCUCAGGGCAAGGGAACAAAGUGCCUUGGUGGAGUCGAGAACUGGACAGGCUGAGAAGCCAGUCCAGGAGACUCGGUAACCGAGCGUACAGAUCCAAGAGAGGACUGGACUCUGUACAGAAAUGCGCAGGGGGAGUACAAGAGGCUCAUCAAACAAUUAAAGGAGCUCACCUGGAGAACAUACUGGUUCUCUCGGGGGUCCCUGCACAGAGGUUGGGUGGAAUCACGCUGACAAGCGGAGAGACCAUCACAGAACCGCGAGAGGUCCUUCAGCAUCUGGUUUGCGCGCACUUUCCGGACUCUAUUAUGGAGCACCCAGCAGAGUGCCCUGAGGCAGACUGGAUGCGAUCAGGAAGCGGCGAUCUCGACUGGGAGCUAGCCGCAAGAAUAGUAACGCUGGACAGGCUGCGGUGGGCGGUGGACUCCUUCGAAAUGCACAAGAGCCCGGGUCCGACCGGAAUAUAUCCGGCCCUCUUGCGAAGAGGGGGUCCAUUGCUCCCGCGCAGACUGCUACCGGCACUGAGGGCCUGCCUAGCAUUGGGCUAUGUGCCCAGCAGGUGGCGGGAAGUCAGAGUUGUUUUUCUCCUUAAGCCGGGUAAAUGCAGCUAUGAUAAUGCAAAAGCCUACCGACCGAUCAGUCUAUGCUCCUUCCUGCUGAAGACGCUAGAAAGACUGGUGAGACAGGCACAUUAA